CUUCCCAGAAGCCUUUGCAGCAGCUCAGUGGUGUUAGCUACUAAGCUAGUUGGUUCAGUUGGUAAUCUGUCAGGCUGAAGCUAAAAUCACGCACUCUGCUGGGCUUUACACUCUUCCGGACUACUCUCCUUGAUGGCUGAAGAAGACCCUCUGAUGUGAUUUCAACUUGGCACUUGUGAAUGAGGACAGACGCACUGCCCAUGCCGCCACAGUAGAUGUACUGUUGAGAGAAGAAUGACAUUUGUCUCAUUUUCAUUCCUGGAUCUGCUUUGGGCGGAGUUGAUGCUUGCUUAAAAAGUUGCCAAGUUGGUCUUUUCCUCAGUUCAUUUCUUUGCACUGUCACAGCCCAGUGUGCAGUGGGCUGUAUUGGAGGAUUAGAUUGUGCUGUGGGAGUGAGGACCAGGAGAGCAGACCCACAGCUACACACAACAUGCUGCAGGGACACUAGGGUCCCUGUUUGAGCCCCCUCUGUGUGGCGCCUCUUUUUUUUUUUUUUUUUUUUUUUUUUUCUUUUUCUUUUUUUUUCCUGCAGUCUCAUUGGUUUUGGAUGGUUUAGCACAAGGGCUACUUUGAAGGAACCCACCAGUGGCUGUGGUUUGGCCAAAGCUGAGACACUGCUUGCCAGCUAUUGCUGAUUUAGUACCCUUGUCCACUGCUACCACUGCUGUUGUCCUCUUUGCUGUGGUCUUCAGUAUGGUGAGUGGAGGCUGGAGGCAUCGCAGCAGUGGAACUGAACCAUUAACACUGGUGUAGUUGGUUACUUUCUACCAUUUCAUCUGCACUGUGAAGGAUCGCAUUCAAGUUUUCAAGGUCAUUUUUAAAAUUUUUGAAAGCAGACCACCUUAGAGGAGAAUGAAGCUGAGGAAACAGGUGACGGUGUGUGGAGGGGCCAUAUUCUGUGUGGCUGUAUUCUCGCUGUAUCUGAUGUUGGAUCGAGUCCAACAUGACCCUGCAAGGCGACAGAAUGGCGGGAACUUUCCACGGAGCCAAAUCUCAGUUCUGCAGAACCGGAUAGAGCAGCUGGAGCAGCUCCUGGAGGAAAACCACCAAAUCAUCAGCCACAUAAAAGACUCUGUGAUGGAGCUCACAGACACAGGAGCUGUGUCCCCCAGUGGCCACCUGCCAUUCAGAAGUGCUAAUGGUUCCUGGGUCCUGCCCUUCGACGGCCGCCCCACUUUCCUAGCUGUCAAGCCCCAAGAUUGCCAGUUUGCUGCAGGCAGCCGUGGUCAAGCAGAUGUUCAGAUGCUGGAUGUGUACUCCCUCCUCAAGUUUGACAACCCUGAUGGUGGAGUGUGGAAACAGGGCUUUGACAUUACUUAUGACCCCGAAGAGUGGGACAAUGAACCACUGCAAGUGUUUGUCGUCCCCCACUCCCACAAUGAUCCAGGUUGGGUCAAGACUUUUGACAAGUACUUCACAGACCAGACACAGCACAUUUUAAACAACAUGGUGGUGAAGCUGGCUGAGGAUCCUCGCAGGAAGUUCAUCUGGUCUGAGAUUUCAUUCUUCUCCAAGUGGUGGGAGACUGCAGACAUACACAAGCAGGAGGCUAUGCGCAAACUGAUCCUUGGAGGGCAGCUAGAGAUUGUGACAGGAGGCUGGGUGAUGACCGAUGAAGCCAACGUUCACUACUUUGCCAUGAUAGACCAGCUCAUUGAAGGACAUCAGUGGCUGGAGAGAAAUCUAGGUGUAACUCCUCGCAGUGGGUGGGCGGUGGACCCUUUCGGUCACAGCGCUACAAUGCCGUAUCUGCUCAAGAAGGCAAACCUGACCAGCAUGCUCGUCCAAAGGAUCCACUACUCUGUCAAAAAACACUUUGCCUCCACCCGUAACCUGGAGUUUAUGUGGAGGCAGGCCUGGGACACUGGGUCGAGCACAGACAUCUUUUGCCACAUGAUGCCAUUCUACAGCUACGAUGUGCCUCACACCUGUGGGCCCGACCCGAAGAUCUGCUGCCAGUUCGAUUUCAAGAGGUUGCCGGGUGGUCGGAUCAACUGUCCCUGGAAAGUGCCACCAAAAACUGUGGUGGAGGCCAAUGUGGCCGAGAGGGCAAACCUGCUCCUGGAUCAGUACCGUAAAAAGUCCAAACUCUACCGCAGUAAAGUACUUCUGGUCCCUCUGGGAGAUGACUUCCGGUAUGACAAGGCCCUGGAGUGGGAUCAGCAGUACAUCAACUAUCAGAAGCUGUUUGACUACAUGAAUUCUCACCCAGAGAUGCACGUACAAGCUCAGUUUGGGACUCUCACAGACUACUUCAAUGCUGUAUACAAAGCACAUGGAGUGUCCCAGGGAUCCAGACCUGCAGACUACCCCAUACUGAGUGGCGAUUUCUUUGCCUACGCAGACCGUGAAGACCACUACUGGACUGGCUAUUUCACCUCUCGGCCCUUUUACAAGAGCCUGGACCGUGUGAUAGAGUCUCACCUCAGGGGGGCAGAGAUCCUGUACAGCCUGGCAGUUGCGAAUGCUCGGCAUGCCGGUAUGGAAGGGCGCUACCCUGUGUCAGAUUAUGCCCUGCUGGUGGAUGCGAGACGGUCUGUUGGCCUCUUCCAACAUCAUGAUGCCAUCACUGGCACAGCGAAGGAAAACGUUGUCAUCGACUACGGCACCAAAUUACUGCGUUCACUCAUCGGUCUGAAGAGGGUAAUCAUCAAUGCUGCUCAUUUCCUGGUGAUGAAGAACAAAGAGUUUUAUCGCUUUUACCAAACGGAGCCCUUCCUAGAGACGGAUGACAGGCGCGCUACUCAAGACUCUCUGCCUCAGCGCACUCUAAUCGAGCUGGACCCAGCAGGACCGAGGUACCUGGUUCUUUUCAACCCCAUCGAGCAGGAGCGACUGUGUGUGGUGACAGUGUUGGUCAACACGGUCAAAGUGCGAGUGCUUACGGAGGACGGACAGACCCUCCCUGUGCAGCUGAGCGCUCAGUGGAGCUCUGCUAGUCAAAUGAGUGCGGAGGUGUUUGAGGCGACGUUCAUGGUCCGUCUGCCACCUCUGGGUCUGGCCGUGUUCCAUCUUUACGAGUCUCCUGACUCGCCCAUGACGCUUCGCUCCGACACCCUGCUCAGGCUGUCUGGUCGGGGUGUCACCGCUCGAGCCGCAGACCCACUUCCUGUCCGCUCACAACAGUCCGACCCUCAGACCUUCUACAUCAGCAGUCAGUCUCUCACACUGGGCUUUUCUGGAACCACCGGCUUGCUGGAGAGUAUCAAGUACAAGGAUGAUCCGCAGGAAGUGAAGGUUCAGAUGCAGUUCAUGGUCUACGGUACUCGUCCUUCCAAAGACAAAAGUGGAGCUUACCUCUUCCUACCUGACGGAAAGGCAAAGCCCUACAAUCAGAAAGAGCCCCCCGUGGUGCGCGUCGUGGAGGGGCCUCUCUUCUCGGAGGUGGUGGCACACUACCAGCAUUUCCAGCAGGCCAUUCGCAUACACAAUGUGCCAGGGGUGGAUGGCUUGUCCAUAGACAUCACCACCAUGGUGGACAUCAGAGAUCAGACCAAUAAGGAGCUGGCAAUGCGACUGGUCACUGACAUCCAGAGUGGAGAUGUCUUCUACACAGAUCUCAAUGGCUUCCAGAUGCAGCCUCGCCGCCACUACCUGAAGCUCCCCCUGCAAGCCAACUUCUACCCAAUGCCCAGCCAGGCGUACAUCCAGGACAGCCAUCACCGCCUCACGCUGCACACAGCUCAGUCUCUGGGCGUCAGCAGCCUGGAGAGCGGCCAGCUUGAAGUGAUUAUGGACCGGCGGCUGAUGCAGGAUGACAAUCGUGGACUGGGUCAGGGUCUGAAGGACAACAAGAAGACAAGCAAUCGCUUCCGACUGCUGCUGGAGAGGAGAUCCAUGGGCAACAAGAUGAUGGACAGUGCAACAAACAGCUUCCCAUCCAUACUCAGUCACAUGACCAAUGCAUUCCUGAACCGCGAUGUCUUGGCGUUGCCCGUCCUGCCCAAAAGACGCGGCAUCCCUCCUCUGCAGACCUUCGCCCCUCUCAAGUCCAUCCUGCCCUGUGAUUUCCACCUGCUGAACCUGCGCAGCAUCCAGAGCCAGCAGGACCCCCACUCUCCAUCUCCGUACACAGCCUUGAUUCUUCACCGUCUGGCGCUGGACUGUAGCCUGGAGGCUCAGAACCUGGGCUUCAACUGCACCACCACACAGGGACAGCUGAGUGUAUCGGGACUGUUCAAGAACCUGGACCUGCAACUGCUCCAGCCGACGUCCCUGACUCUGAUGCACUCCAGCACGCCUCUCGCCAACGAUUCCACCAUCAGCCUGGAUCCCAUGGAGAUCUCCGCCUUCAAGCUCAAGCUGCACUAAGAACCGUCCCAAGUGAAAGAGGCAAUAAAAAAUAAACAAACAAACAAACAAAAAAAAACUCCUUUUGGACCAAGAAAUGGGCCCCAUGCAGGGCCACAGACCGGCAACAGAGGGGUCUGGGUCUCCCUGUCUCGCCAAGCAGAACCACAAACACUACAGCUCAGACAGGAAGGGUCCACUGUAACAGGACUGACUGCACAGCAGGGGGCAGACAAUAGCUGUUACUGUGGACGUCUCUGAGAGCGGCAAGAAAAGCUGUGGCAGAAAGACUGAAAGAACCACUCAUCAGAUACAACCAGCUUUCUGUCACCGUGAUCAGAAAAUGAAAUCUCAUUUAGUUCUGCUUUGAAAGAACUUGUCUUUUUCUAUCUUUUCUCCAUCCUGGACUGAACUACUGAAUGUAAAUAUUCCAAUGACAGGGGAGGUGGGGAGGUGGGGAUGGGGUGGGAGGGCUGGGACACGUGCCACAUCAAGAGUGCAAUUUACAAAGCUUUAUUUGCUCUAUGGUUUCAUUUAUAAAUGUUCGCAGUGAAGAAACACGUCACCGCAGUUUGUCUUUGUACGUGUCAAUGUAACGUUGACUGCAGUCAAGUUUAUUUGAUUUUUCCGACACACUCGAAUGCAGCCAAGGGAAUGUGUGGUCUUUCCAUCUCAACUCGUGACGAGACCUGAGCUGCGGCUCGUUUAAGCUGUCGUGUGAGUCCAGUCGUCCCACGUCGGUCACUACACGAGGACGGCACGUUCAUUAAUCAUAUCGGAUGAGCAGAUUGACUUCCAUUUGCUGUUUUUUGCUUGUUGAUGGUCAAAACACUUUUUUUUUCCUUUACUUCUCCCCUUCCUGAGCUUCCUCCUUGCUGAUGAGAAACUGUGGAUGAUCUGUGCAUUUGAAAGCUCCUGUCGGUCAUUCCUGGCUGGUUCUGUUUACCAUGCUGUAUGCAGUAGAAGACUAGACAAAGACUAUACCUCACAUAUAUACCAUUUGGCAAAUAUAUCAGUAUGCGUGUGUGUGGGAGUGUGUCGAUGUGAGUCCUGUGAGGGUUUUUGUUGGGUGUAUCAGGGUUAUGGUGUGUACCUUCAGGGACCAUACAUAGAGCUGUUGGGAUCAUUUUGGCUGUCUGUGUGUCAUACCAUUGCAGGACAAAGGGAGCAUCUCACUGAAGGUCAGAACAGAAAUGAAAAGUGAAGUUCACCCAGACUAUAGAAGUAGACACAUGCAGUGGUAUCUGGCCAUGCAUACAGUUUGGUUUUUAGAUGUAAGUCUAAAGCUGCAACCGGUGAUUGCGUCCAUUUCUGAUAUGUCAGAAAUAUGUUCUGACAUGUCAGAAAAUUGUGAGAAAGGCUUCCAUUUCCUAGAACCCAGUAGUAUGUCUUUUUUAAUCACUUGUUUUGUGCAAACAGCAGUCCUUAACCCAGAGGUUUUAAUUUUUUCACUCAUUAUUCUUUCAAAAAGCUGAAUCAAAGAGUGUUUUUCAUUUUUGCUUCAUGUGAGGAUGGAUGAAAGCAUUAUUAUCAAAAUUGUUGUCAUUUUUUAUCAUUUCAGCACUUUAUCUGUGUCUGAGAUUUCUGCCAAUAUAAUGAAGCGAAGUGGAAUUUCA